GAGCAGAGACGAGGCCGAGCACGCCUCCAACCGCAAUAGAAGUAAACACGCGCGAACACGAGUACGAGCACGAGUUCUCCCCCUCCGCCACCCAGUGUGCAUCGCGCCGCCGUCGCGGCCGCCUCGCUCCCCCGCGUCCAUGGCGUCCGUGUCCACGGCGCCGCGCGCGCCGCUCCCCGCGGCCGCGUCCUCCUCGUCCUCCGCGCGGCAGCUGGAUCCGAACCCUAGCGGCAACCGGUUCCUCGCCGCGCGGCGCCUCCGCGCCGUCCGGCGCCUCGCCGGCGCGGCCCCGUCGCGGCGCGCGCCGGCGGUCCGGUGCUCCGCGCGUAGCCCCGAAGCGGACUCCGGCGGUGAGCGGCGCCGGCGGGGUUGGGACGCGAUGCUCCACGACGCCUUCCAGGGCGCCGUGCGGCGGUGGAGCGAGUACGUCCGCAAUUACUGGCCCCCGCCGCCCGCUGUGAAGGAGGCGGGUAAGGGGAAGAGGGCCGGGAGUUCUCACGAAGGGGAGGCGAUGAGUGGGGAUGAGGAGGAAGAGGGGAAGUGGAGCUGGGAGAUGUGGAAGCGUCACUUUGCUCUCAUUGAGGAGAGCGAGCGCCUCGUUGAUGAGCUACAGCUUCAACUCCGAGCUGCUGUUUGUAGAGAAGACUACAGGAGUGCUCAUAAACUGAAGCUGGCUAUUGCGGCUACGGCAAAAAACGACACAGUUGGCAGAGCUAUCUCUGACUUAAAUAGGGCCAUAGAAGAGGAGCGCUACAGGGAUGCAACAUAUAUCAGAGAUCAUGCUGGUGCAGGACUGCUGGGGUGGUGGUCUGGAAUUUCUGGAAAUUUGUCUGACCCAUAUGGUCUUAUAAUUCGUAUAAGUGCUGAACAUGGUCGAUAUGUGGCAAGAAGUUAUGAGACAAGACAGCUGGCUUCAGAUGGCCCUGGUUUCCCUAUAUUUGAAAUAUUCUUUGCAGAGGAAGAUGGAGGAUACAAACUGCAGGCAGUGCAUCUGAAACCAGAUGAUAGUGGCUCUGACCAAUUGCCAAACAUGUUAAGAGAGAAACUUGGCAUCGACAGUAUAAACAUAUCUAGCAGUUCAGUAGGGUCUAAGCAUGAAGAAUUUGAUGGAAAUAUAAACAUGGAUGAUCAAGAUACUGAUGAUAGUAAUAUUACGGCCGGUGGCCCAGCUGGUUUGAAAAACUUGUCAAGCGAUUCAACUGCAGUUCCCAGGAUUAAAAUCUUGAAAGUGGUACCCAUGGAAAAUGUCAACCAAGACUACAUAAUCAAUAUUUUUGAUCAAAUUUCAGAGGAAGAUGAUGACCAUGAUGAUCCUGAGAUCGAAAAUGAAUCUUCACAUGAUAUUGGUGAUGAAGAUAACAAUGUAGGAGCAGAAACAGUUUCUGCAGAAGAGAAUGGUGAUGAAUCCAGUGAUGAAAAUGAUAUCGAAGCCUUGAUUUCAAUUGAUUUUGUUAGUGAGGAUAACAAUGAUUAUGCUUCUCAUUCAUCAGCUGAAGCUUUUGAACGAAUGCCUGCUAGAUUAGAGAAAACAGACCGCUUCUCAUUUUCCUUCUAUACUGAACAAUACAGUAAAAAACUAGAUGCUGGAAAAGCCCAGGAGACUUUGAAGAAAACAGUUGGUUCGCAUACUGAUCAGCAGGAUGAUGAUGGUUUUGUCCAGCUUGAUCGUAUAAAGUUGAGUGGCAGCAACAAGAAACUAUCGAUACUGCAACUUGGCAUCAAACAACAUGAUAACAAGGCUCAGCAAAAACUGCAUGGAGUUACCCACUUCAGCCGUAUUCAGACACCUAUCUCUUCAGAUCCUCUUAAUGGCUUGUACUUGACUGCAUCAGGAUUUGACUCAGAAAUUCUUAGUUUGCAACGAAAAUUUGGUCAAUGGCGGGAAGAUAAUUCGUCUGAGGAGCAUAGUGACCUACUGUUCUAUGAGUAUGUUGAAGCUGUAAAAUUAACAGGGGACAAUCUUGUGCCAGCGGGUCAGGUUGUGUUCCGUGCAAAAGUUGGUGAGCGCUAUCAGCUUCCUCAUAAGGGAAUCAUCCCUAGAGAACUUGGAGUGGUUGCUAGGUACAAGGGGCAAAGGAAAAUUGCAGAUCCUGGUUUCCAAAACCCUCGAUGGGUUGAUGGGGAGCUUUUGAUACUAGACGGAAAGUUCAUCAGAGAUGGUCCUGUGAUAGCUUUCUUUUACUGGACAUCAAAUUUUCAUCUUUUCGAAUUCUUUAGGCGGUUGAGGCUUCCUGACUAGUUCCCUAUUAAAGGUAGUAAUUGAAGCAGGUCAUUCCCGAUCUCACCAUGAUGUUGUACAUAGUUGCCCUUCGGCGCCAACUGGAGUCCCUCCUUGCCUGUACAUUCCCUGAAUACAGGUUUUGAUGUGGAGAAUAUGGCGCUGGAUGUUGCGCGAGUUUAUAUGUGGCUUCUCUAUCCACUCAGAAAACUUGCCGUAAGGGUGAAAAACAGCGCACGACAAGAGAAAUAGAGAAUAGCAUACUGCCAACAUGGGUGAGCCGUGAGCCGUGGCUCAUUCCAUUUCUGCUCUGCUCGUCCACCUGGCCAAUGUAUUUCUCAGUACAAGUAGAAUUAGCUCUGAGUAAGGUAAAAGUUAUGCAGCCACAAAGGUAAAGUUAUGUAGCUGCAAAUAAUCCAAGGUUUUGGGCGCAUCUCGGUAUGUGAAAUAGCAACGGCUUUUUGCAGUGUGAUCGAAUAAUCGAGCUAUGAUUAGCAGUGCCCACCUUGGCUGUACAUGUAUUUCAAAUUUUCAACCGGCAGCAGAGGCGUGGACUGAUGCGCGUAUGCAGCUCAACCCAGACUUGUUAAUAUAUUGAAGUUUGUUUAACAUUGUCCUUUUCC